AUGGCAAGUAAAAUCAAAGUUGAGAAAUGGGAUGACAGUGUUGAUGGAACUCUUUCUGUUGAAGCCAUGGAAAAAAAACUCCGUAAACAAGGCUACCAUUGUACACAGUACCAAUUUUCACCUGGGACUAACUUUCCUGAUCAUACGCAUAGUAUUUCAAAGAAGGAUUCAAUAGUAACAGGACAGUUCCAGUUUUGUAUGUAUGGUGAAACUAUAAUUCUAAAGCCAGGAGAUAUGGUAGAAGUGCCAAAGAAUACUGUGCAUAAUGCAAAAGUUGUAGGAAACGAGAGUGUAGUGUUCUUUGAUGCAACAAAAUGA